AUGGCUACUCAGUGUGGUAAAAUGCUCAACAGUGAUUAUCUCCGGAGACACAACGAAGUUGUGAAGUGUAUUCACCUUAACUUGUGCCGAAUGUAUGGACUCAAAAAAGCAAGACGAUUGAAGGGACAUUCUGUUCAGUCAACACUGUCGACGGGAAAAGUUGAAAUCAGGGUUGAUACAACAAUCCUCACCGAAACAAAAGUAGAAUAUAACAAGCCAGAUAUCUUUGUCCACGACAAAGUCAGAAACGAAAUAAAUCUAAUUGAAGUGGGUAUUACUUUACAGGAUCGCCUCAAGCAAGUGGAGGUUGAAAAGUGUCACAAGUAUGACCUAUUGGCAAGAACGAGGACAUACAUCCAAUCCGUUGUACUGAAAAGAACGCUCGAGAGUAUGAUAAUAGAACACAAGCACGGAAUGAAGGUAUCCGGUGAAGAAUACGCUUCUGCUUCCAACCGGUAUAUGGAGAUGGCAUGCAAAGAUGAAGACGACCCAAUGAAUGCUAAAGGAGAUGCAAUGGUUUAA